AAUCUAAACGGAAAAUACAAAUUAGAAUGAAGAUAAACAAAUAAUUGAUUAUACGCAAAUUCAUUUAUUAUCUAGCAUAAAAUUUACAAAAUUAACUGUUGCUAUUUUAAUUCACGAGCUUUGGUGGGAUGUUAGUUUUUAGUGUUAUUCUAUUUCUUGUACAAUUUGGUUACAUAAAAGGAGAAUACAGUUGUCCGUACCGAGACAAAUUUGGAAAACUAAAAACUCGGCUUUGUGACACCGGAUGCUGUGGGACAAUUCACAAUACUUUCUGCUGUCACAAUAAAUAUCUUGCUGAGAUUAUAUUUGGGAGUAUUGUCGGUUUUUUGCUCCUCGUUGUGGUUGUUGUUGUCAUUAUACACUGCUGUUAUAGAAGAAAAUAUUUACAUAAAACAGAAUUCCUCCGUGCAACAAGAAACUAUGGAACUAUAAACGUUACAACAGAAAACGUAGAAGGUGACAAUAAUACUAUAGACACCGCUGAAGUUCAUUUACCAGACAAUAAGGACGUGGUACCUGAGGUAGAAAUUACUGUGACACCGGCAUCACCACAAAAGGGCGUGCAAACUUUUACUGGCUAAACCUCUUAACUAUCAUCUAAAGAGAAAAACAUCGAAGAGGUUUUAUAUGAAAAGAUGGGGAACGAGAACAAGCCAGCAGGUCGCAUUUACGACGAUGUUCAACCUUAUCAACCAGACUAUCCUGCCGGUCGAGUAACGCCUUAUGACCCGGACAUUCGUCCUGACAACCAACCGUAUUAUCCUGACAACCAACCGUAUUAUCCUGACAACCAACCGUAUCCUGAUAAUCGACCAUUUGAUCCAGAUUUGAAGCCAUUCGAUCCAAACGUGGGACCGUAUAAUCCAGAUAAUCAACCGUAUAAUCCGGAUAUUCAGCCAUACAACCCAGACACUCCGUACAUUCCGGAUGAUCAACCGUAUCGACCAGAUAAUCAACCUUAUAUCCCGGACAAUGAGCCGUAUCGACCGGAUAUUCAACCGUACUAUCCUGACGUUCAGCCAUACCCAGAUCCUAACCCUGCAGGUAUGGUUGACGACGAUCUAUCGCCGUACGAUCCGGACAUCGAGCCAUAUUCAGACGACCAACCUUAUUCUGGAAGCUCCGAUACUCAGCCGUACUAACCAUAACGUUCUUUAUUAAUAGAUUAUGUAUAAAAUGAGUGUUUUAAUUUUACUCAUGAAAUAAUAUCUUUCCAUCUCUUUAAAUCAUAUUAUAAUUAUCUGUAUUUGCAUUUACUUGAAGUAACGAACUGGGACACGUAAGUCAAUGAUGCAACCUGCACAUGUUUUUGUUCAUAAAUCGAGUAGAAAAAUUAUUCGGCAAUCAUAUAUUUUCUCCUCAGUGGUGACUUAAAAAACAGAUAAAAGUUCCUUGAAUCAAUAUAGCCGAAGUCAUUGAUUAUUGAAACUUUAUGUUUGGCAUCUUUUCUAACUUUAGCAUAGUAAAAGUACACAAUGUAUGGCAUCUUUUGAUACUUUAACAUAAUCAAACGUUCAAAUUGAGUAAUUGCUACACAAUCAGCAAAAGCGUCCUCUGUUUCUUUCUGUACUGGUAUCCUGUGUUAGAUUCCUUUUUUUUUACAUAUUGGCAUAUUUUGGUAUGUAUAUCUCUAAGAAAUCAUGCACGUGGUGAAUAAUGGACAAUAUUUUAAAGAAUUUUGUUCUGGUUUGGAAGAGGAACUUUUAUCUUUCAUGAAUGGAUUUUUAUAUGACAUUUGACAUUUGAACAUGUGCCGUUUUAUUGUAGACGUAUGACGAACAAUUUGGUUUGCUACACCAACAACACAUGCAAAUUGUAUUAGAAAAACAACUAAGUCUUAUGAAGGCCUUCGUACUAUAAAUCAUAAAAUAUACAAAGAAAUGAAUUGUUA